AUGAGUCGAAUACUGAAUGCCGACGUCGAGAAACGUGCUGGGGCCGCGGCACCAGUACUAUUUGAAGAUGAGACGGGCGCUGUCCCUGCCACUAGCUUUGAAUAUGGCGACUCUCUCUAUGCCAAGCUUCAACGACUCGGUGGCAAGAUUAACGUUGAACAACGAGGUAUCGAACGCGUCCCGGAGGAUGAAAGAACCGACAAUUCUUAUUGGAAUAUUGGUUCCAUGUGGCUUGCUGCCAACAUGGUUGUGCCUUCAUUUACCAUUGGGGUUCUGGGAAAACCACUGUUUGCCAUGGGCUUUGUGGAUUCAGUAUUGGUGAUAAUAUUCUUCAACAUGAUCGCAGUCAUGACUGUCUGCUUUUUUUCCGCAUUUGGUCCUGCUUUUGGGCUGCGACAGAUGGUUUUAUCGCGAUUCUGGUUCGGCUGGUGGGGCGUGAAGCUGAUCGCCAUAUUCAAUGUUCUAGCAUGCAUCGGCUGGGCAGCUGCGAACAUCAUCGUCGGAGCGCAACUGAUCAAUGCUGUGAAUCCCAGCGUCCCUGGGUACGCCGGAAUAUUGAUAAUCGCAUUCUGCACCCAGCUUGUUGUCUUCUUCGGAUAUCGGGUGGUGCAUGCGUAUGAAUACUGGAGCUGGAUUCCGACAUUUAUUGUUUUCCUGGUUGUUCUUGGUGUAUUUGCUCAUUCCGGAGAUUUUAUCAACAUACCAAUGGGCGUCGGUCGUGCAGAAUUGGGAUCAGUUCUCUCUUAUGGAUCCACUGUCUUCGGCUUCGGCACCGGGUAUACAAGUUUCGCAGCAGACUACACGGUCUAUCAGCCAAGCAAUCGUCCUCGGCGUAAGGUCUUUCUCGCCACCUGGCUGGGUAUUCUCCCGACCUUGCUUUUCACGGAACUGCUCGGCGCUGCAAUAGUCACAAGUACCGCUCUUAAUGCCGGAGAUAAUGCAUACCAACAGGGAUAUGAUGAGGCUGGGGUCGGGGGCCUGCUCGGCGCUGUUCUAUUCCCACGGGUUGGAGGAUUUGGAAAAUUCUGUGUUGUGGUUCUUGCGCUUUCUAUUGUCGCUAACAAUUGUCCGAAUAUCUAUUCGGUCUCAUUGACUUUGAUGGUCAUGGGACGAUGGACUCGCCAUGUUCCCCGGUUUGUCUGGACUGUCUUUGCCACUGGGGUCUAUAUUGCCAUUGCAAUCCCCGGCUAUAGCAACUUUGAAGCCGUAUUAGAAAACUUCAUGCACUUCAUCGGCUAUUGGCUGGCGAUUUACGAGGGGAUUGCGUUGACUGAGCAUUUCGUAUUCAGGCGAGGAUUUUCCGGUUAUCAACCCGAGGACUACGACAAUCGUGACAAACUGCCACCUGGAAUCGCUGCCUUGCUUGCAUUCUGCUGCGGAAUCGUCGGAAUGGUGACUGGAAUGAGUCAGUCCUGGUGGGUUGGCCCGAUCGCCAAGCAAGCGGGCUUAGCCCCUACUGGAGGCGACGUUGGCUUCGAGCUAGGGUUUGCGUUCGCUGCUGUGUCCUACCUGAUUCUGAGAAUGAUUGAGCUCAGGAUCUUCAAGCGUUAA